AUACGCAGGCAGACGUGGAGGCAGCUCCCACAGCCGCUGGCAUCGCUGCUGCAGGCAGAGACCCUCCAUUGUCAGCCCUGGGGGGGCCGCCGGGGGUCAGGCCCUGCAUGGGGGCGCGGGGAGAGGCCCAGCAGCGGCAGGGCUGGGUUUAGGGGCUGUCUCCUGGGCUGGCUGGAGGGAGGGGUGUCACUGGGGGUGGGGUGGGGGGGCAUCCUGCGCUGCUGGGGCUCAGGCGGGGAGCGGGGUGCUGCCCCCUGACCCCCCGGGAGCAGGGGGGCCAUGAGCGCUCAGGAUGAGCAGUUCCAAGCAGCAGCCCCUGACCCAGCGGCUUCCUCCGCCGAUGAUGGCAUGACCUGGUGGUACAGGUGGCUCUGCAGGAUUGCCGGGGUCAUCGGGGGCGUGUCCUGUGCCUUCGCUGGUCUCUGGAACUGCGUCACCAUCAACCCCCUGAACAUCGCGGCCGGCGUGUGGAUGAUGCUCAACGCCUUCGUCCUGUUCCUGUGCGAAGCCCCCUUCUGCUGCCAGUUUAUCGAGUUUGCGAAUGCCGUCUCUGCGAGGGCGGACAAGUUGCGGCCCUGGCAGAAAGCUGCUUUCUACUGCGGGAUGGCCGUGUUCCCGGUCAUGCUCAGCCUGACGCUGACCACACUCUUUGGAAAUGCCGUUGCGUUUGCCACCGGGGUGCUUUACGGCCUGUCGGUGCUCGGCAAAAAGGGAGAUGCCAUUUCCUAUGCCCGGAUCCACCAGCAGCAGAAGCAAAUGGAUGAAGAGAAGCUCACGGGGGCCCUGGAGGGACAGGCUCUCUGAAGCACGUGAGCUCAGGGUAACCUCUCCUGGACACUGGGAUGUUGGUGAAGAUACAGAAACCCACUCUGCCCUUCCCUCUGCCCUCUCUGUUACGCCACGAUUUCCCUGGACGCUGCAGCAACUGGAAAUCUCAGGGGCUGGGACGGGCUGUGCCCUCUUCUCACACCAGCAGCCAGACCUCAGCGCGUUGGCCCCUCUCUCCUCCUCAUCCCUCAACCACUUAUCUCACAGCCCCGCUAUUUUUUAAUUUGUAAUUUAUUUCGGUUUUUCUGCUGCAGAGGUGCUGACUCUCUGAGUGCUGCUUUACAAGCCUGAGUAGGUAGCCUUUCUUUGGAGUGACACCUGAUAACGAGCCGAGGAUGCAUCCUCGUUUGGGAACCGCUGUCCCGCUGGGGUGAGGAGGGACAGAGCUGGCCUGCGCCGGGCUCACGGGAGUCAGGGAGCUGCUGGCCUCGUGCCUGGGGGUAACCUGCCAUCGCACGUUUUCAGUAACGCUCUCUGGUGCGGCCCUUCCCCGGUGUAAUACGCUAAUCCAGGGGUUAGCAAUACGUGGCGAUGCUUAAGCUUGGUCUUUGGCCGUUGAGUAUAUUGUAAUACGGGUCCGGUUAGGCCGGGCGUCGGGGGCAUUGCUGCACGGGAAAGGACCUCCAGCAAAAAGCCCGUAUAAAGACAAUAACCAUCUCUGCAGAGGAGCUGGGGCAGAUCCUGAUACUACAAAGCACAGUCCCCUCUUCCUCUGGAUACAGCUGCAGGCAAUUAUUGCAAUUUACUUGAAUUAUAAGAAUUAAUUACUUUGUCUUAAUAAGGGUACUUUUCUUAAGCUUCGCUCUUUUACUGGGGAAGAAGGGAAAUAAGGUUUGCUUUACCUCAGCUGAAAAAGGGUACUAUUGCUUGAGCCAAGCAGGACGUUUUGCUGGUGUGAGGGUUACUGAUGUGCAAAGAGCAUCCUUCCCUCGUGAGCCUGGGACUCUGCUCUGUUCUCUCUCACUCCCUGCAUCCACUCCUGCUCCUGUGACCCAUCCCUCCGCGCAAGGGAUGUGCUCUUUGCUCCUGUCUGGUACAGCCUUUCUCUUUGUGCAUCAGUCCUGGGCUGGUUUUGUAUGGGAAGGUGGCAUAUCCUUCCUUUGCCAACACAGAGAAGCCUGCACCAUUUCCGUGUGGACAGCUGGGAUGUCUUGUUUCUUUAUUCCAGGCUCCAUCAGUGGUUUUCACGUCAUAUUUUCUGUUUGUUUUGUAUCGUGCAGAACGCUAAGUCCAGAUCCCUCUCUUCUCAUCGUGGUUUCUUCUGGGGGGUUUAAUUUAUUUGAUUUUACAUGAUUGCUUUUUGUUUUGAUUAGGAAAAGGGGGAAUAAUUUAUUUCUAGUUAUUUAAGUAUUUUGAUGAGACUCCUUGUCUCUGGACAUAAGAGAAAGGAGUGCUCUGUUUCGUGUCCUUCACAAGACCGCCUCAUUUCAUGGGGGUGUCUGAACCCGGGGAGAGCCCUGGCUGCUGUAACUGCGAUGCUGUACCUGGGGUACCGUAAAAUCCGAUUUCAGCUUUCAGAGCGUUUCUCAGACUUUCGGAAGGCGUGCUGCCCUUUGACCUCUUUGUCGUUUUCUGGGCCACUGGCUUGACAAAGUUUGUUUUCCCCCUCUUCUGGGCGAGAGAAGGGAGGAGAACCGGGCUGUGGCUGCUGCACUGGAGGUUUGUGCUCACUCGGCAGCCAAGGCAGGCAGCAGCUACGGCGAGCAGCGGCAGCGGGGACUGCAGCCUCUUCUCACUCCUCUGCCCUGGAGCUGAGCUCCCGCUGCCACCAACGCUCUUGAAUCGCCGGGUACCAGAGGGGUUGCACCGCGCAGGCUGGCUGCCGUCUGUCAGACGGGUCUGUCCGCCCACCACUCUGCGGCUUCUGAGCAGUGUCGGGUUGGAAACUAUCUGUGUAACGUGUGCUUCUCUAGGUACGGUGCGUAGUCACGCUAGCUGAACGACAGCAGAACGUCCCUGGCAGAGCCCGCGGGGAGCCGCUGCUGGAGCGGGAGGCUGGGUACGGACGUAGCGUUGCAGCGGGAGCAGAGCGGUCCCUGGGGAUGGGGGGGCUAAGCUGUCAGCUAAUGCUGGUGGUUGUUGCUUCAGUGGAGCUCAGGGAGGUGUGAGGAUUUACAGCGGGCAGGAACACGGCUUGGGUUUAUUUGCCCUUGCAGCUGGAUGCUGGGUAGCCACUUUGUGCUAAGCCCCUUUCCCCCCAGGCCUCUGAACCGCGAUUGCUCCGACACCAGCUCGUCUGGGACGCAGAAAGGCACCGCCAGCCCAGAUGCAGCUUGUUUCAAUACCGGCUGUGCCGUCUUGCAGCCCCCAGCUCUGGGCCGGUCCUUGUUGCUGCAUGCAAUACAGGGGCCACUGGCCUUCCUCGGGCGUGCGUGCAGGGACCGCAGCCUCCUGCGUGGGUCACGCUGCCUGCGGGCGUGGGUGCUGCAGGAGGAACACGCUGCAGCCCACGGGAUACUUGGGUGCUAAGAGCCUCUCUGCUCUUCAAGCCAGCCAUGUCCCUGUGCAGCACCUUUACUGGGUGGUUCAAGUGCAGAGUCCUGCCUAGCAAACAGGACAUCUGCUUUGUUUUCAGGGGGUUUUGGGGAAGUUACGUAGUGUUUAGUAGAGGAAUGUUGCAGACAGAUGCACGUAGCUACGAGCAUGUCUUUGGUAGUGACUGCGUUGCUCUGUGAGUAGUUCUACAGUAGCUUUAGUGUCAGGAGGUGAAAGGCAAAGCAGAGGCGAUAGAGUAACGCUUGGAGGCUGAUCUGCACCCGCAGUGAUGAACCACAGAACUGGUAGGAUCCUCGCUGGCUUCAUCUGACUGCUGCUGGUCCGUGGCACUGGGACAGUCCUGGGGCUGGCGCAGGCAGAUGCUGCUCCAGGUCACUUGGAGGGCUCAUUGGCACGGACGGGUCCGCUCUGCUCCCCUGGCACCAAGGGCAGAAGUCCUUUGGGUGCCAGCAGUACUGUCGUGCUGUGUUUUGCAGCAGUCAGGUCUGACGCUGGGGCCAAGGCAAGCGAACAACCUGCAUCAGCUCUGCCACCGUUAGCAGGUUGCAAACCUCAGCUCUGAGCUCCACGCUUUCGUUGAAAAUGGGUCUCAGGGACUCUUCUGUGAGAUGAGCUGGAGCCUUUGGCCACAAUGCUUGAAGACGCCGGGUUUGUCCAGUGUCUCUGUGCCUGCCGCAACAGGAGGGGUCUCAGAUCUGUGCUCCAGAAGUGCUGGUGCCUGCAGGUGUGCAACUGGAGUGGAAGCUGUUGGGAAUUUCGGCUGUCCGUGAUGCAGCUGAAACCAAACCAGAUGCUGCCAUCGUUGCAGACGUGGCCUGGCAAAGUAUGCAUGCAGGGCCGGCAGCACCCGUGGCUGUCAGGAGUUGUAGUGACAGUUAGUGGAUGGUCUCGCCUCGGUGUGGGCAAGAGACCGUUUUUGUGGAGAUAGAAAGGACCUUUAGCGUAGUAGCAUCACAGUAGUUAAUAUGCCCGUUCACAGUGCAUGGUGGUCAUUAAUUGUGUUUAGAGGCACCAUCAGGGUGCGUGGAGCUGUGUAAGGAUAAAUGAAGUUAAAAGCCCUGCUCUAGAGAGAUUUUACAGGCUCAACCCAGUCCCCGCUGACGGUGUCCAGGCUGGAUGGCUAAUCCAUGGGGUCUCUGUGGAAGAGGUUCUGCUUGCCAGGGCUUGGAAAGGCCUCUUGGGAGACGAUGGGACAGAAGUUUUGUUACAUGAGAACUCAAGAGCGGGUGAUGCAUUGACUACAGUGAGUUGUCGAUGAGUGUGGAAAGACACCCGGGUACUGGCAGCAUAAGUGCGCUUAGCGAUGGACUGUUACACCAUUCACCACGUGAGCUGUGCGCUUCUUACCCACGUGCAUUUACACAGCGUGCAGCUCUGCCCUGUCCCAUUCAGUCAUGAAGCUGACAGCACUUGUGCGUGUUAGCUCCGCUGUCCCCUGGGGCUGUCCGUUGGGCGUGAAGCGAAGAGCAGAAGCUCGCUUUCUGCUGCGUACCCAGACCUCGCUGUUCUGGGCAGGAGCUGAUUUUGUAACACCAAUUGAUUCUCUGUGUGUGCAGUGAAUAAAAAGACCAUUCUACCUCUGGA